AUGGCGACUCCUCCGUCGCCCGCCGCGCUGGCCGGCACCCUCCUCACCACGGCCCUCGCGCUCUCCCUGCUGCGCGGCCACGCCAAGCCCUCCCUCCUCACGGCGGGGGCCUGCGUUGUCACCGCCUCGCUCCAACUCGUCGCCGACUCGUUGCUCGCGGCAGAGGCGUGGACCCGCUCCACCGACCCCAUCUACGACCCCGAGACGAACGCCCUGAUCGACGGCGCGGCGCCCGAACGUGGCGGUCCAGGCGCCCGCAUCAUGCCGGCGAGCGACCUCGACCUCGACGACGACGACGAUUACGGCACGCAGCGCAUCCCCGGCCCCGUGGGCGCCCUUCUGAGUGCGCCCACCGCGCUACCACACGGCGGCGCUCCGCCCGAGCAACUUCCACGGCGAGGCUUCCGCAAGACGGCCGCCCUCCUCCACCUCGAGUCUCUCUUUCCGCGCCCGACGCCACCGCCGUUCGUGGAACGCUGGCCGCCGCCAGACAGGCACGCGGUACCGGAGCUGUGGUCGCUGGCCGAGGUGCGCAGCGCCGCGUGCUCGCUCUCUUCGCUCAAGGGGGCCAAGCCGGUGGUGGUCCCCAACACGCUCCUCGUCCUGGCGCUCUUUGGCGGCUUCGCAGCCUCGCAGCCUUGCCGCUCUCCGAGUCCGGCCGGCAGCCGGGCAGGGGCCAGCCAGGCAGCGUGGAGCCAGGAGACGGUUGCGGGCGCCGGGGCGGGGGCAGGCGGCAGCGUCGACUCGCGCGCCACUCAGCGCGGCUUCGCGGCGCACGCGUCGUCGCUGGGGUCCGCCCCGCCGGCAAACUCGCACCACGACCUCGACCUCGACGACGACGACAUCUGA